AUGCUUCGGAUAAGCCACCCGCCAGAACCUAAUACUCAGGAUAAGCCAGCCGCCGAUACGAGUGCGGAUAGUGGCGUAUUUAAUCGAGCUAUGUAUAGUAAAGAACUCGCAGGAGACCCGACACUAUUGUAUACUACACAUAACGACCAGGAGAUACCUGCAGAUGGCAAAAAGAAACUUGCUAAGGGAGAGUCAUCUGCAGUUCACUCCUUUAGUGACAAGUCCGCUCCGCGUAACACCAACACCAACAGCUCAUCUAUCUUCUCCAGUAACGUACCGCUGUCAGCUACUGUGAUAGACCCCGACCCAUGUGAUACCGCAGACUCCAGUAAGUGUAAGUCAAGGACACAUAUUCCAAGACAUUACUCAGCCAACACAAGGUUCCCUAACGAUACAAGUACGCGGUAA